GACUCGCCACAGGACAGGCGAAGGGGACAGCUGGGCCGGCCGCACCGGUCACUCUCAUUUGAAUGCAAAGCUCGAAGAGUUGAGGAGCGAGCUGACGUCAGGCUGGUCCGAGUAUACCUUUACCAUCUUGUCAACAGAGACACAUCAUGUCAGACUGAGGACAGACUGGAACUAUUCGCCGCAUUUCUCUUGAGGAACCUCUUUGGACUAUAAAAGAAACACAGGAUUGAUUUUUUUUUUUUUUUACAGUUUUUGGGCAAUAAUGUCGCCUUAAAACAGGCCUCAUCCCCCCCCCCCUCUGCUGCUUUCACUCAUUUAAUAGUUUUUUGUUCAAAACAUGUAUGUGGGAUACCUACUGGAUAAAGAAACCGGCAUGUAUCACCAAGGCCCAGUGAGAAGAUCCAGCAUCAAUCUGCCUCCACAGAACUUUGUUUCCACUCCACAAUAUCCCGACUUUACCGGAUAUCAUCAUGUGCCAAACAUGGAUACGCACGCACAGUCCGCGGGGAGUUGGGGACCUACUUAUGGGGCCCCGAGAGAGGACUGGGGCGCGUAUAGUCUAGGACCACCUAAUACAAUUCCUACACCCAUGAACAACUCCUCUCCCGGACCGGUCCCUUACUGCUCCUCUGAGUACAGUCACAUGCAUCCUCCAGGAUCUGCGGUGUUACCGCCGCCGCCGGACGUUAAUGUUGCACAACUGUCUCCUGAUAGAGAAAGACGCAAUUCGUACCAGUGGAUGAGUAAAACUGCGCAAUCUUCUUCUACAGGUAAAACAAGAACGAAGGAGAAGUACAGGGUGGUGUACACAGACCACCAGAGGCUGGAGCUGGAGAAGGAGUUUCAUUUCAACAGAUACAUCACCAUCAGGAGGAAAUCUGAACUGGCUGUCAACCUCGGCCUGUCGGAAAGACAGGUGAAAAUCUGGUUCCAGAACCGCAGAGCCAAGGAGAGGAAGAUGAUCAAGAAGAAGUUGGGUCAGUCUGACGGCAGCGGGGGGUCCGUGCACAGUGACCCGGGCUCGGUGAGCCCUCUGCCGGUGCCGGGAUCCCUCAGCCCCACGGACAUGAGCUCCCUGUACCCUCCUCAGAUGAACACCUUGCCAUCGAUCAGGAAUAUACAGCAAGUGACUGUGACUCAGUGAAGAGUUCACCCUCUGGACCAUGAUACCAAACUGAGCACUCCGACACGCUGACAGGACACUUGAUCUGAACUCCUGACGCACAAAGCUGUGGAUGAAAACACACGUGAUUUAUAGCAACAAAUGCUGGAGGCUCUUCAAAUAUGGCUUUUUAUAGAAUAGUUCUAAUAAUGUGGGGAUUUGAAAAAAAAACGUAAAAAAACCGACGUGUUUUAAACUUAAAAGCUUUAAAUUGUUUUGUGAGUUAUUAAAAUAUAAGAUAUGAUUUUUCUUUUGUAUGUGACGAAGUGUUUGUGAAUAAAAGAGUUGAGAGUUGAGGGACCUUUCAAAGGAAGAUUUAAAGUGGAUUGUGUGGAGCUCAUGUCACUGGACAAACUGCUCUGACCUGACAAAUCAUUCACAUGUUUCUCAGCACAGCUGUAUCCACAUGUACAGAGAACAGCAGGUGAACGUUUCAUGGCAACUUUCAAAAUGUAAAUAAAAUGCUUUUCUUUUUUGCA